CCUGUGCUCGUGAUACUGUAAAUAGCUCCCCUUUUUUUUUUUUUUUUUUAAACCGUCUUGCUGCCGGAUCCGGAGUUGAAUCGCUACCCACGCCAAAAACGGCCUGUGACGCUUUCUGCUUUCUCUUUGCCUAGAUAAAGAGAUCACUUCGUUGGCCUUGAUCUUUUCCUGCUCUCUUUCAGAAGAAAAACCAUUGUCUCAGAGAUUAAAGGGGUGGGAAGCAAAGCUAGAAAUCACAAAGGGGAACAACGGCAACAGACAGAUCAGAAUGGCCUCUGCAGAUCCCCUCAACGGACUCAAAGUCUCCAUCAGCCAGACAAAGGCCUCGCCGCCAACCAUCAUCGCCACCGUCAAGAACAACAACCCGCACCUCGUCACCAUUGCCGAGUACCAGUCGCCCUUUGACCAGCUGAUCCUCGAGCUGGGCAACCUCGCCAUCUACCCGGGCUCCGGCUGCUCCAGCUCCGACAGCGACAGCAGCGGCAGCAGCAGCACCAUCAGCGAGCCGCUCGACUACCCGACGAUCCGCCUCAAGCGAGCCUGGCCGCCGCCAAAGGAGACCAUGGUGACGCUCGGCCCGGGCGAGAGCCAGACGGCCGAGAUUGUGCUCCGCGACCCGGUGCCGCUGCGGCGUCUGGGCUCGUCCGCCACGGUCAAGCUGAGCGGCCAGUGGAUGUCCGUCUGGAGGCGCCGCGCUGAGGAUAUCGACGAGGCGGACUGGGACGAUGUUUCGAACCCGGAUGAGUUUUCGGGCCAGUAUGAGUCCAACAGCUUGGAGAUUUCGAUUGCUUGAGUGUCUUUUCUAUCUGGGGGGUUCUUGAGGGGAGUUUAUUCUAUUUUCAGAUUGUAAAAAAAAAUGAUGGAGAAAACGGAGAAUUGGCGCUUUUUGCUUUUUAUUUCAUGUAUAUUUAGGAGAGCAUCAUUUUAGGAGAAUGGGAAUUGCAUCUUGGUUCUGG